GAGUAUGAGCGAGCCUCCAAGGUGGACCAGUUCGUGACACGCUUCCUGCUGCGCGAGACGGCCAGCCAGCUCCAAGCCCUGCAGAGUUCGCUGGAGGGGGCAUCAGACACCCUGGAGGCCCAGGCCCACGGUUGGCGGUCGGACGGAGAGAGCAUGGCAGCACAGAGCAGGCCCUGUGGCAGCCGGCGGGGGCCGCGUAGAGCUCUGAGGAGUGUCCAUCGGUCACCUGCCUGGUCCCCCGGCUCCGCGGACACAGGGCGGUGCUCAGAGGCCGAGGUGCAGUGGCUGCUCCAGGUCCGCCGUCUCCAGGGACUCGUCGACCAGCUGGAGGGCAAGGCCCCCCAGCUGGACCCCCUCCGUGAAGAGGACCCUGCCGAGGGGCCCGCCUUGCACAUCCUCGUGGUCCAGAGGCAGGUCCAGGUGGCAGAGGAAGCCCUGCAGGACUUCCACCGAGCCCUGUGCUGCUACGUGGAUGUCACAGGGGCCCAGAGCCGCUGCCUGCAUGUGUCCACCCAGAAGAUGCCAGACCGCGCCUCCUUCGCCCUGUACGAGUUCUGGCAGGAUGAGGCCUCCUGGAGAAGGCAUCAGCAGUCGGCCUGCAGCAAAGCCUUCCGGCGCACCCUCGUCGACCACCUGCGGGCUCCGGACACCCUCACCACUGUGUUUCUCCCAGCCUCCUGGUGGGUUGUGGACAGCAGCUGAGCCUGGCCGUGUGAGCCGAGGACCCUGGAGCCUGCUGGACUGGUCAGCUCAGCACCAAGACCAAAGACCUGCCGCCUCCUAGACCUGAAAUGGUGGGCUGGUGGAGGGUCUCUCGGCCCGGGGUCCGGGACGGGGCUGCUCGUUUCCUACUUGUUUAUUUGUCGUUGUGUUUUAUUGUUGGUAGCUUUUGGCCUCCAAGGCGCUCUGGCUUCCCUGGGCCCCCGCCUUGCUGUGUGGUCCUGGGCAGGACCCUUCCCUCUCUGGGUAGGCCUUAGGCCGCCUGUCCACCUAGCGGGCGUUCUGCUUUCUUCUGCUGUCGUGGGGCCAGGCUUCUGCUCUUCCCCCACCAGCAGCAAACCAGGGCUGAUGCUCAGGGACUCCCCAGCCCACAAACCUGGAUGCCUGAGGCUGGGCCAGGUCAGUUGGCAGUGUGGGUAAGGAAGGACCCGGGCGUGCCCAUCCCCCUCCUGGGCCGGCAGGCUCCUGACUCUUCCAGCACCCGUGGAUCUACCAGAGAACUCUGGGGAAUCCUGGGCUGGUUUGCAUGUCACUCGCAUAUCGUUUGCAUGCUCGCACCCAUUCUCAGGGCACUGCGGGAGGCCCAAGGUGAUCUUGCCAGGAAGCAAUAAUUCGGGCCUAGGGUCACCUGCUGCCCCGGAGACCUCUGAACCCCAGCCUGGGACCCCAGCACAGAGGCAAUAAAGGCCGAGGUCACCGCG